AUGGUUGCAAUAUUUCUUUUCCUCCUAAUUACUCAAUUCUCAACUACAAUUGCUCAAGAAAGAAAUCUCAAUAUUAACUUGGGAUCUUCCCUCUCUCCAAAAAACAAUUCAUAUUGGUUGUCAAGUUCUGGCCAGUUUGCUUUUGGCUUCUACAAGAAAGACAAUGGCUUUGCAUUAGGCAUCUGGAUGGAAGCAAUUCAGCAAAAAACAGUCAUAUGGACAGCAAACCGAGACGACCUGCCACUUCCCGAAGAUGUCAAAUUGCAUUUGAGUAGAGAUGGCAGACUUAUCUUGCAACAGAACCAAGGCUUACAGACAACAUUAGCAAAUGCUCCUCAGUCUGCUUCCUCGGCAUCUAUGCUCAAUACUGGAAACUUUGUACUCUACAAUUCAGAUUCAAUAAUCAUGUGGCAGACUUUUGAAGUUCCAACAGACACCAUUUUACAAGGCCAACGUCUCUUGGCGGGAAAAGUGCUCGUCUCCAGCAUCUCUGAGACAAACCAUGCAAGCGGAAAGUUUAAACUCAAAAUGCAGACUGAUGGGAACCUGGUUCAAUACCCGACAGACAAUCCUAAAGAUUCACGGGAUUAUGCUUACUGGAACUCAGAAACAUUCACCGCUGGAAAUAAUGUGAGUCUAAAUCUUGGUAGUAAUGGCCACCUUUACCUGCUCAAUGCUACUGGUUUCAAUAUCAAGAAUUUUAACGGCCCAGUAACUAGUAACAAUUCUGAUAAAGCUUUCUUUCGUUUGACAAUUGAUGUUGAUGGAAUAUUACGGUUGUAUUCUCAUAGCUUGAAUCAAGGAGAUGAUUGGGUUAGUGAGUGGGCAUCAACUACCAAUAAAUGUGAUCCUAAAGGCCUCUGUGGCCUAAAUUCAUAUUGUACUCUCAUGGAUCUGGAACCGGUUUGUACGUGUCCUGGUUUUGUUUUCAUUGACCAGGAGCAGAAGAAUUUGGGCUGCAAGAGAAAUUUUAGCACAGAUGGUUGCAUCAGCAAAAAUAGAGACACAUUUUCUCUUCAGGAAUUCGAAGGUAUUUCAUGGGAAGACAACCCGUAUUCAAAUAUCUCAUCAAGCAAAACUGACUGUAGAGAAGACUGCUUGAUGGACUGCAACUGUGAAGUUGUAUUAUUUAAAGACAACCAGUGUAGAAAACAAAAGCUACCACUAAGAUAUGGGAGAAGAAAAGAAGAUGAUUUGGUUGGGACAACUAUAAUCAAGGUAGGCAUAGGAAGUUCUGAGACAACAAAGGUAAGCAAGGAAAGAAAGAAACGUUUGCCAAUUUUCUUAGUUAGCAGUGUCACAAUUUUGGUUUUUGCGCUCAUUGUUCUAGCAAUUACUGGUACUCUCAUUUACAGAUACCGUGUUUGGAAGUACAAAAUUAUUGGGAAUGACGAGUUAAUUGAAGAUGUUACUCUACGAUCAUAUACAUAUGCGGAGCUUGAAAAGGCUUCAAAUGGUUUCUCGGAUGAAUUGGGUAAAGGAGCUUUCGGAACAGUUUUUAAAGGGGUCAUACCAAAUGGCAGGAGAGUGGUGGCCAUCAAGAGACUAGAAAAUGUGGUGGCUGAAGGUGAAAGAGAAUUUCGAAAUGAGAUGAGAGCAAUUGGGAGAAGUUAUCACAAAAAUCUUGUUAAGUUGUUUGGUUACUGUCAUGAUGGAAACAAUCGGCUUUUGGUCUAUGAGUACAUGAGCAAUGGCUCACUAGCAAAAUUCCUCUUUGAAUCUGAAAGAAAGCCGAGUUGGGAGGAAAAAACUAGAAUAGCUUUGAAUGUAGCUCGAGGCAUCCUCUAUUUACAUGAAGAGUGUGAGACCCAGAUCAUCCACUGCGACAUCAAACCUGAAAAUAUACUAAUGGAUGAACACAAGUGUGCCAAAAUUGCUGAUUUUGGUUUGGCCAAGCUGCUGAUGCCUAACCAAACAAGGACAUACACUGGGAUUAGAGGCACAAGGGGGUAUGUUGCACCUGAGUGGCAUGGAAAUUUGCCCAUAACAGCGAAAGCUGAUGUCUACAGCUUUGGGAUCAUGUUGUUAGAGAUCAUAUGUGGUCGAAGGCAUGUGGAUAUGGAUCUUCAAGAGGAUGAAGUGGUUCUUGCAAAUUGGGUCUAUGAUUGUUUUCAGGCUGGUGAAUUGGAUAAGCUAGUGAAGGAUGAAGAGGUGGACAGGAACAAGUUGGAGAGAAUGGUUAGGGUGGGACUUUGGUGCAUCCAGGAUGAGCCAUCACUUCGCCCUCCAAUAAAGAAGGUGGUGCUGAUGUUGGAAGGGACAGUGGACAUACCAGCUCCUCCUGGUCCUACAUCCUUUCUCAGUUCCUUGGAAGUUAAUUGAGCCCUGCACCCAAGUAGCUAGGACCCAAAAUCACCAUGACCAAUAAUUUGUUUGA